AUAAAUGAAAGGUCAUGAAGGGCUGAGAUUGAGAUAAAAAAAAGAAUGAAUAAUGAGGAAUAUUCUAGAAGAUAUGGCCAGACUGUAAAGACGACGGUCGCUCGCCCCAGGUGGGCCAGGCCUAUCUAUCCAUCCACCUAUACCAAUCAUAGAUGAUCGCGGGCGCAGCAGCUCGAGCUUCUGGCUGGCUGGCUGGCUCACGAAAGGCCCAUGCCCCAAUCAUCGUCGCCGGCUCCCUUCGUGGGCCCCACGCCCGCUUCGGUUGUAGGCGACGGCCCAUACGGUCCACCGAGGACCCGGUCCACGCCACGCCAUCUCCUUCCUCCUCGUCUGACCUCUCGACUCUCGUCGUCGACGAAGGAAGGAUUUCCGCCUCCGCCUCCGCCUCCGCCCCGGCCGCCUUUUCGCGCUGGCCCGCCGCUGCAUUUCCCGGUGGCCUCGCCGCGUGCGGCCGCGAGACGUGGGGGCCUGCUGCGGUCCUCGCCCGCGUCGUCUCCCCGUGGGGGGCGUGCCUGCCUGGGACCGUUGAGACGAGAAGCCUUGCACCUGUUCUGUUCAAGACGUCAGGUGUUGGUAUUUGAGUGGCAAUUGAGUGGUUGGGGAACCUGAUUGGCCACAAGCAUUGUUGGUCCACCGAUGGGGAGCAAUGACCCUAGCACACCCUCCAAGGCUUCAAAGGCAUCAGAACAAGAUCAACCUCCAGCUACCACAUCCAGUGGAACACCUUCAGUGUACCCUGAAUGGCCCAGCUUUCAGGCCUACUCAGCAAUUCCACCACAUGGGUUCUUCCCCCCUACCGUUGCUGCAAAUCCACAGGCCCAUCCAUACAUGUGGGGAGCUCAGCCCAUGGUACCACCUUAUGGGACGCCACCACCACCUUAUGUGAUGUAUCCACCUGGAACAGUAUAUGCCCAUCCCUCUACACCUCCUACUAUGCAUCCAUUUAGUCAUUAUCCUAUGCCAACAAACGGACAUGCUGAAACCCCUGGAGCUGCACCAAGUGCUCCAGAAAUGAAUGGGAAAAGUGAGCCUGGCAGAACAUCUGCUCCAUCUGCCAAUGGGAUUACCUCCCACAGUGAGAGUGGAAGUGAGAGUGAGAGUGAAGGAAGUGAUGCCAAUUCUCAAAAUGAUUCACACUCAAAGGACAAUGAUGGAAAGGAAGAUGGCAAUUCUCAGAAUGGCAUAUCUUAUUCAGCAUCACAAGGAAUGUUAAACCAAACCAUGGCGAUGCUUCCAGUACAACCGGGUGCAAUGGUUGGAGGAGUUCCUAGCUCCACAGCUAACUUGAAUAUUGGAAUGGAUUAUUGGGCAGCUUCAGGUUCUGCAGCUGUCCCUGGAACGCAUGGCAAAGCACCAGUUGGUUCAGCUCGGGGAGACCAAUGGGAUGAAAGGGAACUCAAGAAGCAAAAACGAAAGCAGUCUAAUAGAGAAUCAGCACGCAGAUCCCGGCUGCGCAAACAGGCUGAGUGCGAGGAGCUUGGGCAACGUGCUGAAGCUUUGAGGUCGGAGAACUCCUCUCUCAGGGCCGAGCUUGAGCGGAUCAGAAAGGAGUAUGAACAGCUACUUUCACAGAAUGCUUCCCUCAAGGAAAAGCUGGGGGCCACCAGUGAUUCUAUUCCUGAUAUGAAUGAAAAGAACGACGGCGACGGCAGCUACAAGAGACAACAUGAUUCCGAUGCCCAGUCUUGACCCGUUUAGCCCAGGAUUCUUGGAAUGCACAUUGCUAUUUAUUUUCUUGAACAACAUAGGAAAGAGAAUUAUUUAUGUAACUCUACCUCCUCGACUGAUCGACUAACGUCUCUGACGGCAUGUAUAUAACAUAUAUGCCCUCACUGCUGUACCAGUAAUUUAGGAAUUACAGACAAAAAGGGAAAACUUACUUGAUGUUGUUCGAGAUGGACUACAGCUUGACUAAAAAAGCAGCUAUGUACGAAAGUGCAAAGUACACCA